UUUCCUCAAAAUUGAGGGUUCUGAGAUAAAAAAAAAAACAAAACAAAUAAAAAACAGUAGGUCUGUUAAGAUCUGACUUUUUUUUUCUUUUCAAAAUUGUAUUCAUGUAUUUAUUGUCUUCUAUCUUUGUCUUUUUUUUUAUCACUUUUUGUUAGAUAUAUGUGUGUUUAUGGGAUGAGGUCUUCAUAUUUGUUGAGAGGUUUAAAGUUUUUAUUUCAAAUCAAUGUAAAAUAAAAUUUUAUUAAUUUGCAAUUCCAGCUUUUAUUUAUUUGUAAUAGACCAUGUGGUUAAUCAUUGAAAUUUAAAUAUCAAUAUUAUAUGACGAAACGGUUCUAUUAAAUAAAGAUAACUAUUAUUACCAUUACAAUUAUAAAAAAGUUAACAAUAUUUUUUGUCAAAAUUGUUUUCCUUAUUCUGAAGUAUUUUAAAUAAAAACAGAUAAAACUUUACUUGAAUUAAAAAAAAAAAGUAUUUUAACAUUUUUAACACGUACAUCACUAAUCCAGCAGGGGGCAGCAUUGAGUCGCAUUUGAGCUCAGAUUCUAUUUUCUCUCCAGGAGCCGGGCCUUCGUGCGUGUGCGCGCUCGCGACAUGGGGGUUAGCUGCUGUCCGGUUCUUAGCGGCAUAACAGCUGCUAACAAGAUGCACACGACUAGUGGCAUGUACAAUGUAGAGGUACACGCGAGCUAGUUUGGGUUUAGGAAGCUAGAAAAAAAAAAGAAACAAAUCUUCUGACGUCGUUCGUCAGAAACACCAGCAGAAAUGGCGGGGAUUAUUAAAAAACAAAUCCUCAAACAUUUAUCAAGGUUCACCAAGAACCUUUCUCCAGACAAGAUCAACCUGAGCACCCUGAAGGGCGAGGGCCAGCUCUCCAACCUGGAGCUCGAUGAGGAGGUUCUGCAGAACAUGCUGGACCUGCCGACCUGGCUGGCUGUCACUCGGGUGUACUGCAACAAGGCCGCCAUUAGGAUACAAUGGACAAAGUUGAAAACAAGCCCCAUCUGCUUGUUCUUGGAUAAGGUGGAGGUUGAGAUGAGAACUUGUGAAGAGCCUCGUCCACCUAAUGGGCCUUCUCCCAUCGCGAUAACGGCAGGCCAGAGUGAGUACGGCUUUGCCGAGAAAGUGGUGGAGGGCAUGUCCGUCAGGAUUAACUCCAUUACCAUCAAGGUGCAGGCUCGCGCCUUCCACGCGUCCUUCGAGCUCUGGCAGCUGCAGGGCAACAGCCUCAACCCCAAAUGGCAGCGCAGUGACCUUCGCUACACCCGCAUCACCGACCCCAAGAGAGGAGAGGUGCUGACAUUUAAAGAAAUUAACUGGCAGAGUCUACGAAUUGAGGCAGACGCCAUUGAGAGCGAUGACCAGGACCUCGGGAACACCCCACUGCGCCUCAUCACCAACCAGGGGCGCAUUCGGAUUGCCCUUAAACGCCGAAUAAAGGACUGUAAUGUGUUGGCGUCUAAGCUGCUUUUCAUUCUGGACGACUUGUUGUGGGUGUUGACGGACUCUCAGCUCAAAGCCAUCAUUCAUUAUGCCAAAUCUCUGAGUGAGGGGAUGGAGAAGUCGGCGCAGCAGAGGAAAAGCAUGACCGCCGAGUCUUUACAGACUGCACCUCCUUCUCCUGGACUACACAGCCUGUGGACAGAACCCCCUCCUUCCUCCACAAGUACCCCCACCAACAUAAGUCAGUAUUUUGACCUCUAUGACGUCAAGGAGUCUUCCUAUCACACCUUCAUCUCCCGCCUGGACUUACACAUAUGCAACGACAGCUCCUCGAUGGAUGAAGACGAAGCUCCCCCGCCUGGCUUGCAAGGUGCCAUGCAGCUGACCUUGAGGAAGCUUGGCUUUGACUACUAUCCUAUUCACAGACCUGCUGACGGAUGUCGACACUGGGAACGUUACAAUGGAGCUAUGGAGGCCCAGGCCCAGUGGGCUGCCAAGCUGCUGCAGGAGUACCAGAGACGAGCGGAGGCCUGCGGGUUCCCAGGUCCACAUGCUGAGGUCUCUCAGCCAAACAAGGACUCCCCUGCUAAAACUGUCCAAGAUGGACAAGCCAGCACUAACUCAAAUAACUUGAGCAAAGAGCAGAGAACCAGCAGAAAUUCCGGGCCAGCGAGUGCAGAGGUAUCGAUGAAGAGACUGAGAUCCAGCUGUGUGGUGAUCAGGAUGGAUGACGUGGACAUUCACCAGGUGUCUACAAGGGCGCGUCAAAACAAGAAGACCAAUUCUUUACUAUCCUGUAACCGUAAACUUCUGCGAUUGCCUGAUAAUGUACCGGCGGUCCAUCUGCAGUUUACAGAAUACUACUUUCCUGACAACUCCAGUUUACCAGUCCCCACCUCAAACCUGUAUGCUCAGCUAAACAGCCUCCAGCUGUGUGUGGACUCUGCCAGCAUUUUGUGGAUCAGUCUGUUUUCCAAAGGCCUCCUGCACACACUGGAUCAGGUCAAAGCUUUCUACCAUUUGCAGGAUAGCAAUAAAGUUGAAGAACAUGUAGAUAUUCGCAUGGAUGCAGCUCAACUUAAGCUAAUUGUCCCCCUAGAUUCAUCCAUACUGGACCACCCAGAACGCCCACAAUCCCUUUCUGUUAUCGUACCCCAGAUGGCUCUCAGCAACACCCGCCACUGUCCUCACGGCUCUAGGGCUGACCUCAGCAGCACCUGUGAAAAGUUCGCCAGCUGCUCUUUCUUCCAGCUGGCAGCAGGUUGCACUUUUCCCAGAGAGCCAAGUGCCUUCCAUCCCAUUCCCUCCGCCUUCACUCAGCACUCCAAUGAAAGGGAACUCCAGCCUCUAACCAGAAAGCAGCUACGAUCUCAGGACGUCUGGUCUCUCAGCUUGUCCCGUGUCACUCUUGGCUUUGACGGAGCGCGGCGCUUCCCCAAAGGGAAAACUCAGCCUUUCGUUGAGCCCUUCACGGUUUCCGUGUGGAUGUGUCAACCACCUGCCUUUCAGAGUGAAUCCUUGUCUUCUCCCUCUAGUCCUGACGGAGCUCAUCCAUGCUGUUCGGAACCGGAGCCUUCUGAGGGCCAAUCUGAGCUCGCUUCCAUCCACAUUCUGGCCCACACCAUCACCCCAGUGAGGAUGUGGCUUAACCACUACCAGUACGUCGCCCUUCUGAGGAUGAAGGACGCCUUGGCGCGGUUGGGUGCAGAGUUGGGCCGGGAUGUGCGAGGACUUAAGCAGACACUGGGCCAGAAGACGGGACCUCCUACAGUUUGUUUUGCUUUCUUGGCUAGCUCGGUGGAACUGGGUCUCCUUCUGCCUCCAGUCUUAACGGAGCAAGAGGAUGAGGUUCCUCAAACUCCAGAAACGGACAGCCCAAGCAUCACAGACUGUGACGUGUCCCCAACACAUCAGCCAAUCGCUGUAGAGCGGGAGGACAGUGGGUUAGAAAAUGGACUCUCCUCCAUCAAUACAGGCACAACCGCGUUCGAUCAGGACGAACAGGACGGGGCGGUGGAGGAGGCGUAUGAGGCCGUAGAGGAGGGCCCGGAGGCUAACGGACUGGCAUCAGAGGAGGACACUGCAAUCCUGUCGCCUCCCCUUUCACCCGGUGGACCCUCUCCAGUCAUCUCCCGAGAACCAUCUACCUUCAGCUUAGACGGCGAUCUGUCGAGCGCCAUCAGUGUCACCAAGGAUGUCACCAAAGACGCCAUCAGUGCCUCGCUGGACUUGACCAAAGGGGCUUUUUCAAUAACUAAAGAUGCCUUUAGCAUGCUCAGCCGGGGAUCUGGCAUGAGCAAGCUGUUUAGUGCACAGGCAAGGGAACAGGGUCAGCGCUCAGAGGAGUCCUCCCCUUCUUCACGUCACAAAACCAUGAAGCAAUCGCAUUCUCAGCAGUCCUUCGACAGCGCCAUCCUGGAUGGCAGUCUUCCUGAUGAAAACCUUUCCAUCGACAGCGAUUUGAGCGACAAUUUUGUUGUUCUCAUGGACUCAGAAUCCGGUAGGGAGUCCAUUCGACUGAACAGCACAGCUGCAGACAGUCGAGGGAGUCCGGCCCCAGGGACGGAAGGAGGCUCAUCCGCUGAUCUAAGCAGCUCCCUGUCUCAAAGUACUGAGGAUUUGUCACAGGAAAUGUCAUCAGUGCUGCUGCUGGUCCUGAGUGGAAUAGCCUGUACCUUGGACAUGCGUGGAGAACACCAGGUUGUAGCAGUCCAAACUCAGAGUCUGACCCCUGUGCAGAUGGGCAACAUCAGCCAAUCGGACAUUCUGGCCGGUCUUGUUCAAGCUCCAAGUGAGCCAGUGCAGGGAUACGAAAGGCGGGGGGACGCUCCCGUUUUGCGCAUGCGGGCAGAAACGGGCCCAUCCGCAGCUCUGGCCGAGUCGUCGGGCUUUCUGGAUGUACGAGUGCAGGACUGCCGGGCGGACUUGCUAGCCUCAACAGUGGCUAACAUCGGCCCUUUCCUUGAAGAUGAAUUCAGCGUGGACGGGCAGCCGAUGAAGCUUCACAUGAGUAACAUCACCAUCACCAUGAAGGAUGAUGGUCCCAGGAUUUACCCAACAGCCCCCCAGCCUGUCCCUGCCAAAUUCAUCAUCGAUCAUCUGCUUAUGGAGCGAAGCGAUGACGGCAUCAUGAGAGUCAAAACUGACAGAGCAGACCCCAAACUGGCAGCUGACGUCCCCCCAGCUGCUUCCGCUGAUGCUAUCUGUUCUGAAUCUGACCAACGGGAGAAAGAGAGACAAACCACAGAGUCCCAACUCUGCCAAAUGCAAGCUGCCCUCACCCAGGCCCUGCAAGAGAAAGAGCGCCUCCUUCUGGAAGUUAGGAAAUACAACCCUGCGUUUACUCUUUAAGCCACUCCGGGUUUAUGACUUGUUUUGCUGCUGAGAAAAUAUGACAGGACCGUUGAUAUAAAGCAGUAGAAAGAUGAAAAUGGGUGACGAAUCUGAAAACGAAUCCAUCAGAUCAGGAACAAAUCCUCUAAGCUAACAUUUGAUGGUAUCUUGUAGACUUGGUAUUUUCUAUUUAUUCUGGUUAAGUUUCAUCCUCACCAUGAAGCCAUAGUGGCGUUUGUGUGUUAAACACAGCAUGCAUUGUGGUCCGGCAUCGAUUCUCUCCACUUGUAAUGGAAAUAUGAAGUCAAGCACAUCAGAACCUUUGUUCCUCUGCAUCGACACUGCCAGACAGACGGCUGCUCGUCCACCAGCCACGUCCUGCAUGCUCGGUCAACAGUGUUCAUUUACAUGUAGCACAUUUACUAUCGGACUUUUAGUAGCUGUAAACUAGAAAAUAAGGUUGCUUUUCUAUUUGUUUUUGUAGUGUUAGUUGUAAAUAAGUACAGUUGCACUUUUGGUUUGUGGUCUUUAGAAAGAAACUGAAUCUUAAUUUUUACUUUAAGGUACCUCACAAAUCAAGUUUUUUUUUUUUUUUUUUUUUUAGAUUAAUUUUUGUAAGUGGUAAGUUAUCCUGAGUUGUGAAAUGUUUACGUUUAAUUUUGACACAUUUCCAUCUGCAGAGAUGGUCUAACAGUAUCUUGGAUCACAAUGCUACAGGAGCCACACACUAAUGGAUUGUGCGUUCGUUAUGUGUCUUUAACUUAAAUUUGUUGUUUAUUUAUUGACAUUUGCUCGCAUGUGUGUUUUUUUAAUUAAAUAUUGCUGAAUCCAUAUCAGCCACAGAAAGGGAGAUCCUUUCUUUUUACAUCCCCACUUUAUUCAUUCUUGAGUCCAGCGUUCUCAAACAACAAAAUCUGUGGUUCUGAUUGUGGAUUCCUUUGACAAAAACGAGAUAUACUUUUACCACAGUUAUGAGAAAAAUGUACAUUCCUGUUUCAAUCCCAAUCUAGAUUAUAUCAGGGAGGUUGUAGCUUUUCCAAACAGAUAGGAUCAAAAAUAAUGUAUUUUUUUUGUCAUUUAUGCUUUUUAAACCCACAUCUGUGUCGAAAUGUAAUUUAAAAUCCAAGUUUUUUCACCUUUUGGUGGUUAAUUUGUUACAAUGUCUCCUCUCAACCUUAUGAGGCAGACACAGCCUCUUAAGGUGGAAUGUUCCCUAUCAAAGCAAUAGGAGCCCUUUAGUUUACACAAAAAGAUAAUUCAUUGCAGCAACUGUUAGGUGUGCAGUUAAAUUCUUGCAGUGAUAAGUUAUGUAUUAUAAAGCUUAGCUGCAUGCAGAUGUGAGUAAUAUUUCAGUGUAAGAGAGCAGAUAUAUUACCUGCUUACCUCAAUGCCAUCAGUAUCUUUUUGUUUGUUUAUCCUGCAUGGCCUUAAUAGAUAAUGGUACUAAACCAAACGCUGGAUGCAACAUGUAGCUGUACAGUUUUCCUCUUCACUGUCGGGCUUCAGUGUUAAGUAGCAUCUCUCUUCCUCGAAUCAAUUGGUGCUUUUGGUCAAGUCCCAUAGCAUGUUACAUUAAAAGGUUUUUCUUUUGCACUCCGGAGGAGUUUCUCCUCUUCCUGCUGCAGCGUACCCCCCCAUCUGUGCCAUGCAAGUGACUCAAUGCAAGGCAGUGUUUCCUCCCUCUAACUGCACAUGCAUAAGCUGAGCUGUUUGUUCUGGAAACUGCACUUGUUUGAUGAGAAUCCGAUGUUGUAGAACUGUACACAGUAUUUUUGUGGGCUGGUUAAGAAAAGAAAAAAAAAGACUUUUCUAUGGGUUGAAUCACUUCCAUUGAGACUAAACUUUAACUGGUUCUGUGAACCAACGUCAGUGUGCUGUAAAGAUUUUAAGUGUACAAAAUUAAACUGCUGGAACACAG